AUCUCAAAAAUUAUGCCAUGUCUUUAACAAGUUCAAAGCUAAGCCAGGCUUUAUAAUGGAAUGUGUGUAUGCAUAAAAAGCAGUUUUCUGCUGCCUCUUUAUGUGAUUAGAUAAAUAAUACUACAUUUUUCUUUCUGUGGUGGGGGUGAUAAUUUAAUCUGUUGCAGCUGAAAAUACAGCCAAGGAAUCUUGUGGAUCUUAAAGAUUCAUGUUUUAUUUGGCAUAAACUUUCAUAUACUGUGGUCUGCUUCUUCAGGGACAUACAGCAGAGAAUCAUUUCUACAAUCAUGAGAAUUCUAGGGGUAUGAAAUGUAAUAACCCUCAUACAACUUACCUCUUCCCAUAAAUAUAAAGAUCAAAGAGAAAAAAAGUGGUUCAGGAUAGAUUAUCUUCCCUUUCUUUUUGAAGCUGAGAGGGGGCAGAGCAGAGAAAAGCCAACUUUAAGGUGGAGUAAAAAGAAAACUUGGUCCUUUCUCUCUCCCCUCUUCCUAGAAAUAAGUAACAUGGCUGUGCAGCAGCUUUGAGUCAACCUCAGCUGCUUCUGUUAUAUUCAGGAGGUGCCAAUAGGAAAAAAGAAAAAGACUUUUGAAGCUGCUGUGUCAGCCUGGCUUUAAUAGGCAAGUGGGAAUAUCUGUUGACUGUGACAGCUGCAGUGGGUUCUCACCCAUCACUGCCUGUACUGCUGCUAAGAAGGGGAGAAUAGCCCAGUGGUAAUGAAUGUGCUUCAUAUACCAAGUUCAGUCCUUGAAAUUUCUUAUUAAAAGGAUCUCUGAUAGAAGUUGCUGAUGGAGACCGUGCCUGAGGCCAUGAAGACCAGCUGGCAGAUUUCCAUUUGCCAAGAGCUUACCAGCGUCGAGGUGAUCACAUUUAGUGCAAAUAAUAUCUCUGACUUGGAGCCAAUAAACGAGUGCCAGAACUUAACUGAGCUCUAUCUCAGGAGAAACAGUAUUUCAAGCCUCUGUCAACUGUUCCACCUGAAAAAACUUCCUCGAUUGAAAAUCCUCUGGCUGUCGGAGAAUCCCUGCUGUGGUCCUGAUCCUCAUCGCUACCGAAUGACAGUGCUGCGCAACCUCCCUAACCUCCAAAAGCUUGAUAAUCAGAUGGUGACAGAGGAAGAACUGUCCCGUGCAUUAGUGGAAGGAGAGGAGAUAGUAGCACCCCCGGACAAAUCAGACAUAGACGAUUGCUGCCAGAACUCCACCAUUGAAUCCAGUGUGACAGAGUCCACAGUGGAGAAUGAAAAUGACCUCAUGAAGUUCAGCUUGGAAGAGACAAAUAAAAUCCGUGAACAGCUUGGUAUGAAGCCUGUUGUUCCAAGAGAUAAGUUUUCCUCCUUCUCACCCAGGGAGAUGGAAGGGAACCGAAAGAAGCGGAACAACAUCCUCAAUGCCAUCCUGCUACUCCUAGAAGAGUUGGACUCAGAUGGACUAGAAGUUGUUCAUCAAACAGUUGGGUUCAAACUCCAAGCCUUGCAGAAGAAAGAACUCCACGAGGACCGGUAGCAUUUCUCAAGCAGAUGUGUUGUGGAUCAGUGGAACUUGUAUCAUCAAAAGAUACCUGCACCUUCAUCAUGCUGCUGGGCUUUGCGGAAUAUGCAGCUAAGCACAAGAAGAAACUAUACAACCCUUGUGCUCUAUGCAUGAGGACUCUAUUCUGUGACAAGCAUUCAUCUGCAAUUGCAACUGCUAACAUGCACUCCACAAAGGCCCACAAUAGAGUAUAAGCAAACAUGCACAGAACUACAGGAGAUUGUUGUCCCUGGGAAAAAUCGUUUCUGGCCCUACUUCGUGCUAGUGUCUCCCAGCUGGAAGGAUCAUUCUUAAGCCUUGCUUCAGAUGGGAUGUGAUUGGAUUAAGGCUGCAUCUUGUUAGCAUGAUCUCCUUCCCUUUUCUCUAAUAUUGGAGCAAGAGUAGAGUUCAUGCUGCCUUCCUCCUACACUAUGGAGACCUUGACCUGAAUGUCAGAAUUUUGUUUAAAAAAAAGCUGAGAGGUUUAAACAAAAAUCACUGGACUUUUAAAUUUAAUGGUGAGCAUCUAACCUACUUUCUUUCACACAUAAGUUUUUGGACUUGAUUAAAAAUGUCAUCUGCAGUCAAAACGUUGGGUUUGUUUGAAUUUGUUUUAUUUGAACAGUAUUCUGUUUUGCAGUCUUGGUUUCCUCCCUGAAUUUUUACAGUCAAGUGCCCUCUUUGUCCUUGCAGCAGCCUCAGAAACAUGUACCGUUGUCUAACUGAAUGCAACGGGGUAAGUAAGUUGAUAUUUUAUGGUUUAGAAGUAGUAUUAAAGUUGCUAUCCAAUAAUAGCAGAGAGAUUUGAUAUCAUUAGUCCCGUUAUAUGUUUUCUUUCAAGGCAUUCUGGAAAUUGAUAGUGUUCAGCAACCCAUAAGCAGUGUAUUCUCUCUUGUAA